CGGGUGACCCACUCACGCCACAACACACACCACCCGCACGCCAACGCCAGCCAUGUCUGUGGAUCUUUCCAGCUACGAUGACGAGCAGGUUCGGCUCAUGGCCGAGGAGUGCAUCCUCGUCGAUGAGGAUGACAAAGUUCUUGGUCACGACUCCAAGAAGAACUGCCAUUUGAUGGAGAACAUCAACAAGGGCCUUCUUCACCGCGCAUUCAGCGUGUUCUUGUUCAACUCGGAGGGCAAGUUGUUGCUGCAACAGCGCUCCGAUGAGAAGAUUACCUUCCCUGGCUGCUGGACCAACACGUGCUGCUCCCACCCUCUCUUCCGCCCAGAGGAGCUUGAGGAGGAAAACCAAAAAGGUGUCAGGUUUGCUGCUCGUCGCAAGCUCGAGCACGAGCUCGGCAUUGACCCUUCCAAGAUCUCCCUGGACGAGUUUAAGUUCCUGACGCGCAUCAAGUAUCUUGCGCCGUCCGAUGGCAUGUGGGGCGAGCACGAAGUUGACUACAUUCUGUUCCUCCAGAAGGACAUUGAGCACAGCCCUGUCCCAAAUGAGGUGCAGGCGACCAAAUGGGUUUCGCCAAACGAACUGCGUGAUCUCAUGGCCAACGCCGAGCAGACUGGCACCAAGAUCACCCCAUGGUUCAAGCUCAUCGUCGAGAAGUAA